GACGCUGAAGACGCCUUCAGCCAUUGUAGCGAUACAAUGGCUGCCACUAAAACCUCUAAAGAACAAAAAUACGACAGACAGCUGAGACUUUGGGGGGACCAUGGCCAAGAAGCUCUGGAGAAUGCUCAUGUCUGCCUCAUCAAUGCCACAGCAACUGGUACAGAAAUCCUGAAGAACCUUGUACUUCCAGGUAUCGGAGCGUUUACCAUAGUUGAUGGACAUACAGUUACAGGGGAAGAUGUUGGAAACAACUUUUUCCUGAGCUAUGAGAGCAUUGGAAAGAACAGAGCACAGGCUGCCACUGAACUGCUGCAGGAACUGAACAGUGACGUCUCUGGAAACUUUGUCGAAGAGAGUCCCGACAAGCUCCUGGACAACAACCCCGAGUUUUUCCAAAGGUUUACCAUAGUCAUUGGUGUCCAGAUACCAGAAAGCACGUGUUUGAGGCUUGGCUCGGUUCUGUGGAGUGCCUCUGUACCGUUCCUCAUCUGUAAAACCUACGGCCUCAUUGGCUACAUGAGGCUGGUGGUGGAAGAGCAUACAGUGAUUGAAUCUCACCCAGACAAUGCCUUGGAGGACCUGAGGUUAGAUCAACCUUUUGCUGAAUUUAAGAACCACAUCGAAUCAUUCGACCUUGACAACAUGGACAAGAAGGAUCACAGUCACACACCGUGGAUUAUCAUUGUUGCAAAAUACCUGGAGAGGUGGCUCAGUGAGCACAACUGUCAGCCACCAAAAACUUACAAGGAAAAAGAGGCCUUCAGGAAACUUAUUCGUGAAGGAAUCAGGAAGAAUGAUAACGGUGUGCCAGAGGAUGAGGAAAACUUUGAAGAAGCUAUUAAGAAUGUCAAUACCGCUUUAAAUCCAACCAAGGUUCCCAGUGCUGUUGAAGAUCUCUUCAAUUGCGAACAGUGCAAAAACAUCACAUCACAGACAUCGGCCUUCUGGGUGAUGCUGCGAGCUGUUAAGGAGUUUGUUCAUAACGAAGGCAGUGGAAGUUUACCAGUGCGGGGAACCAUUCCCGACAUGAUCGCAGAUUCUCAGAAGUUCAUCAACCUACAAAAUGUUUACAGGGAAAGGGCUUUGCAAGAUGCUACAGUAGUUUCCAAACACGUGGAAAAUCUACUGCAGUCUGUUGGCAAGCCACCAGAAAGCAUCUCAGAGAAAGACAUCAAACUCUUCUGUAAGAACGCAUCGUUUCUGCGGGUGGUGCGUUGUAGGUCUCUUGCUGAAGAAUAUGGCGUGGAUACAGUAAAUAAAGACGAAAUCACCUCAUACAUGGAUAAUUCCGACAGUGAAAUGGUCUUCUACCUCAUUCUGCGAGCAGUCGAACGGUUCUAUCAGCAGCACUCCCGCUAUCCAGGAGUUUAUAACUACCAGGUGGAGGACGACAUCAGCAAACUGAAGCUUUGCGUGAACAGCCUGCUGCAGGAGUACGGACUCAAUGUCAACAUCAAGGACGACUACAUCCACGAGUUUUGUCGAUACGGAGCAUCAGAGCCACAUACAGUUGCAGCAUUUUUGGGAGGAUCGGCUGCGCAAGAGGCCAUCAAGAUCAUCAGCCACCAGUUUGUGCCCUUCAACAACACCUUCAUCUACAACGCCAUGUCACAGACCUCGGCCACACUGCAGCUGUGAUUUCAGUCCGCCCAAACAAGUAUCAGAAAAAGGGGAAAAGAACUGGACUCAACAAUUGUUGCACAUCAGAUUGUCAAAAAGAAAAACACUCUUUUCGUGUUCAAAUCCAAUCGUGCAACUAAAUCUGUUCGUGCUGAAGACUUCUUGAACUUCUCAAGGUGGAGGAAAUGAAUAUUGCACUGAUGGGAAACUUUUUUCAGCAUUGUGUUUUGAGCAGAUGUCAUUAAACAAAACUGAAAAUGAAACUGACAAAGUCAAAACCUUCAUGUUGUAGUUUCAUCUGUGAGAUUCAAGUAUGGAUGAUUUAUUUCAUCACAGAAAUGCUUUGUACACUUAUCUCUCCUAUAGUGGCACACGCUGUAUAAAAUAUGUAAUAGGUAACAGUCUUCUGUCUGUAAAACACUGAACAAGCUGACACCCCCCUUUGUUUUGUUUUUUUUUUUGGUUCGUAUGUGUGUGCAGAAAGGAUUUUCUCCUCGUCUCUGCUGACUUUUGAGCUCGGACAGUUUCACCUCUGCUCAGUUACAGUCUGGUAAACAGUUUGAGUUAAGCCAAUCUGAUUUAUUGACUUGCUCAACAGUUGUAACACAGAUUUCACACUUAUUUAACCUGAAUAAAUAUCUGAUGAACAACA